AGCAAACAUGAAAAUAAUGUUUCAUUUUCUGGUCCUGACAGACAUCAAAAUUGUAUGCUGAUGAAGCCAUGUGUUAGCUAAUUGAAUUUAUUUAGUAUGAAUUUGCAAACGUAGGAAAUUUAAAGUCCUUAGUUCUUCAGGCAGUGCAAGUAGAAUCAAGUUGAAUCAAUAAGAAUGGCUAAGAGGAGCUGUUGAAAAUGUAGCUACAGAAACAGUUUGAAAGUAGUUGAAAAUGACAAGAACAUGGCAAAAAGUGGUUGGAAGAUAAUGCACCCAAACCAAAAUGGCGCAUGGAAAAUUAGAAAAAUAUAGAAAAUGAUAAGAUCAUGGUAAAAAAAAUGAAUAGAUGAUAGUGGAAUAUAUGAUAUGAACAAAAUGGAAAGUGAAAAAAAAAAAACAGAGUGAAAAAUGAUACAGCUGAAAAUCAUUAGAACAAAGCAGAAAUUAUUUGAACACAGUGAAAAAUGAUAUAAAGACCUUUGGGAGGAAAACAAGAACAUAUUAUAGAGAAUGGUUGGGACAUAGAGGAGUGACUAAACAAUGAAAAAAAAGCUGUAGAACCGAGUUCAAGACAUGACUGAUAUAAAUUGAUGAAUAACCAUAGAGCAAUUGAAGGAACAUCACAAUCCAUGGCUUCAUGCAGAUCUAGAAACUUGGCUAAUUGGCAUUUAAUGAUAGUUGAAUAAUUGUUGAAAAGAGAAAAUGUAAAGAAAUGGAAUACACAAAACUUGUAGAGAUGUAAUGGAAAUGUGAAAGAUCCUUGUAAUGCUACCAUGUGGAAGGAUCAUGUCUGGAUGUUGCUGUAAUCAUGUGUUCAGAACAAACUGGCCACUCGUACACUGGGGAGAGUCCCCCUAUAGACAGGUUUCACAAAUCUCUAUAACUGAUGAUGAUGCUCAAAUCAACAGGAAACUGCCAAAGGAACUUCUUCUGAGAAUUUUCUCCUUCUUAGAUGUGGUGACCCUGUGUCGAUGUGCUCAAGUCUCUAAGUUCUGGAACCUUCUUGCCCUUGAUGGAAGCAAUUGGCAGAGAGUUGACCUCUUUGAUUUCCAAGUUGAUGUCAAGGCCCCUGUGGUGGAAAACAUCUCCAAGAGAUGUGGUGGUUUUCUCAAGGCACUCAGUCUCAAAGGCUGUCAGAAUAUAACAGAUGAUGCUUUACAGAAAUUUGCUGAACAGUGCAAAAAUAUAGAGGAAUUGAAUCUGAAUAACUGUAAGAAACUAACAGAUCUAACAUGUGAAAGUUUAGGUAGACACAGCAAAAAGCUUCAACAUCUAGAUCUGAGCUCAUGUCAGGGUAUAACAGAUAAAGCUCUAAAGAAUAUCAGUGAUGUGUGUCACCAUUUACGACAUAUCAAUGUAUCAUGGUGUAAGGACGUGACAAAUGAUGGUCUGGAAGCGCUGGCGCGAGGCUGUCUCAAAUUGGAAGAUUUUAUCUGUAAAGGAUGCAAUCAGAUAACAGAUGUAGGUGUGGGCCAUAUAGCAAUACAUUGUAAAAACAUAAGGCGUAUCAAUCUGCAUUCUUGUCAGAGUAUUACAGAUGAUGCAUUGCAAUUGAUAGGGGAACAUUGUCAUGAUCUUAUAUUCUUGUGUGUAUCAAACUGUCAACGGCUCUCUGAUAAUGCACUGGUAUCUGUUGCCAAUGGAUGUCCUGCCUUAAGAACUCUGGAAGUUGCCUGUUGUUCACAUUUAACAGACAAUGGAUUUCAAGCCUUAGCAAAGAAUUGCCAGAAUUUAGAGCGUAUGGAUUUAGAAGAAUGUAUACAGAUAACUGAUUCAACAUUAAAUUAUCUGGGAAGUUAUUGUCAUAGACUAACAGCCCUUAGUUUAUCCCACUGUGAAUUAAUAACAGAUGAAGGUAUUAGACAUUUAGGCUCCAGUCCUUGUGCCACAGAACAGUUACAGGUGUUAGAACUUGAUAAUUGUCCUUUAAUAACUGAUGCGUCAUUAGAACAUUUGAUGGGUUGUCAGUGUCUAGAACGUAUAGAGCUGUAUGACUGUCAGCUUAUCACAAGACAGGGAAUACGGAGAUUAAAGACAAGACUACCAAACAUCAGAGUUCACGCCUACUUUGCCCCAGUGACUCCACCUGCCUCAGUGGGCGGUGGCCGGCAAAGGUACUGUAAAUGCUGUGUGAUACUAUGAUGAAAAUACUGUUCUAUUAAUAGCUGUGAUGUUUCCUACAUGGACAAAAUACCUUGCAUACAUAGUCAUUCUAAAACCAUUGUGUACAAGGUCUAUUUAUUCCUUAAAACUUGUACAGCAUUCACUGCUGUGUAAACUGGAUUAGUUGAAGGGAUGGAUACUUCAUACUGACAGCUAGAAGUGCAUUACAGUGUAGCAUAUACUUAUGGGUGAUACUGAAAGUUGAACAGUGGAGGACUGUGUGCACGGGAUGGAAAUUGUUUGACGCAGAAAGUGAUUUCUUUCUCUGACAAGGGGAGCAGCCAGUGUUGAAUGUAUGAUAUAAAAUCAAGCCUUAAUUUGGAAUUUUCAUCUGUUUGACACUGUAAAUUUUAACAUAUUGUAAAUUUCAUUCUUUUAUCUUAAAAUUGUCAUCUUAUAAUCGCUCACUUUAAAAAAAGUGUUAAAUAUUUACCCUGCUAAUUUCUAAAAUGGACUGGUCCAUCAUUCAGUUUGAGCAGUGCCACUUAUUAUUCAAAGACGUGUUUACUGAAAAUUGACUGACUGUAGUGCGAACAGUGCAGACCAUUAUCAGCCUACAUAGACAGUGUCAUGCAGGAUGAUCUUGGUCUGCACUGGUUGCAAAGGCAAAAUCACUUGCCACCAGC